GAGGAGAUCAGGGCCGAGGUGAGGGCUGAAUUCCAGAUGCUAUACCAGCAGCAGUUUCAGAGCAUGCGCCCGGUGCCGUCUCCUAUAGAGGAACAUGUUAUCCCUCCCCCUCCCACAGGGAGAAGCGCGAAAGGAAGUUGUUCCGCAUCAGCCAUCCCAGAGGAUGACAUGGACGAUGGUAGUCCAUGUCUGCUAUACAUUUUAGAGGAUACUGAGAUGGUGCUGGUAGCUCGUGGAACAGAGUUUAGGUCAGCGACUGUAUGUCAUGGUAUGCAACUAUUAGAGGAUGAGGUGAAGGUCUCAGUGGAUGAAAUGAUCAUACCAGAUGCCUCGGUUCCUCUGUCCACGGAAGAGAUUUUCACUGUGGAACAAGCAUAUAAGUCGUUUAUCAGUUGGCCUAAAUUUUUGGUUAAACCAGUUUCUGACCCCUCGACGCAGGCACAAGAGAAGAUUCCUCUAUCUGAGGAUGACCCUCUUUCUUCAUUGCAUCUACUUGCUGACAUCCUUGAUGAUAAGCCUUUGGAGGUUGAGUAUGAUGCUAAUGUAUUUGGGCAAGGCUCUAAGCACACUUCAGAUCCAGUCACCGUCGUUCUCCGCCUCUGCCAUCUUCGUCGGCAACUAUCGGUUAUGGAGGGCGUCGCCGCCUCUACCUCGCAGCCGCCGUCUUCUUCUCUCCUAGGUCAAUACCCGCCACCACGAGCUCCAGCCCCGACGUUUCCGACCCGGCAGCAAGAGAGGUCGCAGCCAGCAAGAAAGGUCGUCGUUGUCCUCCAGCAUCAAACCCUCGCCGACGGCCGCCCAUCACCUCCCCAUGCAGUGGCUGCCAAGCCUAGGAAGGAAGGGGCUCGCCCCCUUGUCUGA